CUCCCAAGCGGCACAACACCAACCAGGCUGGGCAUGACACCGCCGUUGUGAUUCUCCUCUCCGGCGCCAGCAGUAUCUGCACUGCUCAGAACAGCUCAAAGAUUUCUCCGAUCCAUAUAUAGACCUAACAAAAUACAACUUCUUUGGACCUUCCAGGAUUUCAAAUCUUCACGUUAUUGGAUCCAAUUGGAAGGAUAAACGAUCAGAAAUGGUGUUGGUUCUAGCGAUCGGAGAUCUGCACAUACCUCACAGAGCCGCCGAUCUUCCGGCGAAGUUCAAGUCGAUGCUCGUUCCGGGAAAGAUUCAACACAUACUCUGCACGGGAAAUCUCUGUAUCAAAGAGGUUCAUGAUUACUUGAAGAGUUUGUGCCCUAGCUUGCAUAUAACUAGGGGCGAAUAUGAUGAAGAGUCCAAGUACCCAGAGACAAAGACUCUCACCAUUGGACAAUUCAAACUUGGUUUAUGUCAUGGUCAUCAGGUGGUUCCUUGGGGAGAUCUGGACUCACUUGCCAUGGUGCAGAGGCAGCUAGACGUGGACAUAUUGGUAAGUGGGCACACCCACCAGUUCAAGGCAUAUAAACACGAGGCUGGAGUUGUGAUCAACCCUGGCUCUGCCACCGGUGCUUAUAGUAGCAUCACCUAUGACGUGAACCCCAGUUUUGUUCUCAUGGACAUUGAUGGUCUCCGUGUGGUCGUGUACGUCUAUGAACUCAUUGAUGGAGAGGUCAAGGUCGACAAGAUCGACUUCAAGAAGACUGCUGCACCUGCAUCUCAACAAUCCAUUUGAUUCUAAUCAUAUCUGCUCAAACUGUCGCAUGCUGUUUUUUCUCUCGUAAAGAGUUUAAAUAUGAACCUUUUUACCCAGUUUGAUCAAUAUUAGGACGUGUUUUUCGUAUUCAAACAAAGUGUAAUUGAUGCUACAAUUAUUACUAACAAUUUUGGGAGUAUGUUGCAAUUCAGUCAUCAACUUAUCAUGAUACAACUUUAUGGAGAAGGAUAUUUAUAGAUCAGCAAGAGGUUUAGCUUUCUUAUGUUCUACUCUGUAUUCUACCUUCACUAUUUAAUUCCUAUGCCUUUAAUUUUUGCAAAAAAUAAUGAAUAUAUGGGUUCUCU